CGGGGGUGUCGUCCUCUCGGCGACUCCAGAUUCUUACAUUAGUCACGAUCCCCCACCUCCUUCAGGGUUCGACGCUGUUUUAUGUUAUAAAAGCAAUCGGGUCGACACCUCCGACCAUCUCGAGAAUUUGCCACACUCAUCCACUUACACAAAAACGCAAGCGCCCCGACGUCGCAACAUGACCCAAACCCAAAGUCGGCAUCUCUAUUACCAGCAACAACACCCCGCCCAAUAUCACCAGCAACAACAUCAUCAUCAACCACCCGCCGCCGCUGCCGCUGCCGCUGCUGCUGCCUCUGCCUUGGACGAUCCCGCCCUGCGCACGGCGUCGCCUUUGGAAGCAAGCAAGCUGGACGCCCUCGAUUUCGAUAUCGACCUGGACGCCGACUUCGAUCCGGCCCAUCUUAAUUACAACAGCCUGUCGUCGUCCCCCAUCUCGACCCAGUCGCUGCUGUCUCAGUACUCGCCUUUGUCGGCCUUUGACAGCAUCCCGACCCCGACCUUGGCGGAACCUUCUUUGUCUCCUCCAGUCCGACAAAGCGGCCUGGCCGCCCCAGAGUCAUCCGCGCCUGCCUUGUUCUCCAACGGCGGCGACGCGAUGCAAACAGACAUGUGGAUGUCGAACGGCCAGAUCACCCCGAGGUCCGUCGGCCGGUUCUCACACCAGCGGGAUUCUUCUCGAUCGUCGAUGGGUUCGAACGGCCCGGCCUCGCCCUUCUCCCAGAAUACGGCAAAUCCCCACAUCGCCAUGAACGAUUUUGGGGACAACUUCCACGGUCUUCAGGGUGCCGAGGACCUCCACCAUUACCAGCUCGCCGCCAAGCAGUUUCCCGGUGUGCCGCCCGACAAUUUCUACCCGGGGCUCGCGCACGCUACCGCCGACAACUCUGGUGGCAUGACCCCGAGCUACCCGUACCUGUCUACGGCGCCGAGGCGCAGAAACGACCGAGGCCUGCUCCCCGAGCAUCCGAUUGGGCAGGCCACCUCACAGCCCGUUUCGGUGGCGAGCUCUGUAGCAUCUGACUCACCCGCCACGCCAGCGGUCGGGUCGGAGGAGGAUAGGAAACGCAAUAAUGCAGCUAUGCCACCCAUGCCCAAGCUCGACCGCACCAUGACCGACGCGUACGCGGAUGAACUCUACCAACCCCAACUCCUCAACUCGUCAACGGCGGCGACGGCGGCGGCGACGGCGACGACGAUGACGACGACGACGACGACUGCUACGACAAAUGCGGGCCAGGCGUCAUUAUCGCCGACCAGCGAUCUGUUCAACCAGCGGCUACAAGCGGCCAACAAGCAGCACUUGUCUGCUGUGACCAACUCGCCGGUUUCGUCGACGUCUCGCGACCAGUCGCCCUUCCGCCACGGGUCGCCUCUGGCUCCGCUGCCUACCAGCGACUUUCGCUCUGCCAUGGGUCCUUCGCAGAUACGGUUCAACACGGCGCAGCAGAUGCGAGAGCAGACCAAGGCCAUGCGGGACGCCCAGGCGGUGCAGCAGCAUAUUGCACGGUCGGCGGACACGUCCACCCCGCAGACGAUCUCGCCCAAGGAUGCGAUGCUCGACUUCCAGGAGCCCGAGGGCGACGGGAACUUCCCGCUGUUCCCCCAGCAAAGCAACACGGGGUUCAACGCCGAGGCCAUCAACAAGGCGGCCGCGGCGCACAGCCAGCAAGUCUUUGGCGGGCUACCGAUGGACCCCAACGCCUUCAACAGCUUCCUAGGGACGUCGAUGCCGGCGACCAUGCAGGCGCCGCAGCAGUUCCCUUACCUACCUCAGCAGCGGCCGCAGAGCGCUGUCCCGUCGGUGAGCAACACGUCGGCGGCAACGACGCGUUUCGGAUCAGCCGACACGGGAGCGACCGAGUCCGCCCACGGGGUGACGCCCCAACGGCCGGCAGACACUGGCGCCGACGGCGGCACCUACACGUGUACAUACCACGGCUGCACGCUGCGGUUCGAGACGCCCGCGCUGCUGCAAAAGCACAAGAGGGAAGGCCAUCGACAGGCCCACGGUCUGAACGGAGCACGGCGACCCGAGGCAGGCGGGAUGACCUCGAGUCUCCUCAACACGCAAGCCGGACCGCACCGGUGCGACCGGAUCAACCCCAGCACUGGGAAGCCUUGCAACACGGUCUUCUCGCGGCCCUACGAUCUUACCAGGCACGAGCAUACCAUUCACAACGCGCGCAAGCAAAAGGUCCGCUGCGACCUCUGCACGGACGACAAGACGUUCAGCAGGGCUGAUGCGCUCACCCGGCACUACCGAGUGUGUCACCCGGAUGUCGAGUUCCCGGGCAAGCAUCGCAGGCGCGGAGGCCACAGCAGCUGAAGGGCGGGGGAGGGGCUCAAAUUGAUUCCGGUUUUUUUUUUUUUUCUUUCCUUUUUUUUUUUUUUUUUUGACAAAGAGCACCCCCCCCCCCCGGGGCGGACACAACCAACACCACUUAUUACCAAACUCUUAACAACCACCAC